GAGCGUUAUAUAACACAGAAAAACAUAUAGGAGCUAGCGCAUUGCGUAGUUACAAAUUGUCACUUUGAAGAUCAAGACGUGUCCGUGGGUAGCUCCGCGAGUUUUCCAUAGAAGAGCAGUCAGAAACAGAAUAAUUGAAGUUCUUUUUAUUACUGGUUGUGUAUUCUUCCUGUUCCACCACGGCCGCCAUCAUCACGGUCCGAGGGGCUUUAAUUGACUUGUCCCGUGGAAUUUCGAAAAACGCGAGUGAAGAGAUUUUGUGCGUGCAUUAUCAGUAGUAGGCGAGAAGAGUGUUUAUUUUUAGGGCGUUUUUCCUGCUGAAAAUCUUGCUGUAUGACAAUUGGUCGAGUUUUCCUUUGUUAUUUGUAAAGUUGGCUGUGAAAAAAAAAAACUUUUUUUGGGCAAACCCUUGGCUGACAUUUUGAUUUUUCGCUGCUUCUGAAAAAGUGAUUCGUAUAUUUUAUAAACUUUUGAGUAUUGUUUGCGCCCCGUCUUGGUGCAUAAGUCUAAAACUCUAGAACAAAAAAGUUUGCUGAAUUAUCACACCAAUAUGGCAGACAGUUUGGUGGAAACGCCUGCUUCCAGCUCAAGUCAUUUAAUCAAUAUUGGAGGAAUGAAUCAACUUCCUGCUGAUUUGCAACCAGGCUCGUCGUCUGGAAGCUCGUCGAUUGCCUCUUCCUCGGCUUCGUCCGUUGUUGCUUCCUCGUCCUCUUCAUCCUCAUCCUCAUCCAGUGCCUCGGCAUUAUUGAUUUCUGUGGCUACUCAACCACCGAGCCACGGUCUAAAUUUGAGUGAGCAAAUCAUGACCCCAAGUCAGGAACUGAAUCUCAGCCUUGCCAACGCUGGCAACAAUGGCGGCCAGCUAGAGUCUAAAGAGUCGCAGAAAUCGGGUCGCCCAUCGGACUGUCCCGACGAGGAUGAACCUGAAGCUAAACGAAAGAAAAUCGAUAAACCUACGACUAAAAUGAUCGAAAAGUUGGAGGCCCGUCUCGGUGGCAUCCUGUGCUGUGCCGUCUGCUUGGAUCUGCCAAGGACUGCGAUGUAUCAGUGCACAAUGGGCCAUUUGAUGUGCGCCGGAUGUUUCACCCAUCUGCUGGCAGAUGGUCGGCUGCGCGAUCAGAAUGCAACCUGUCCGAACUGUCGCACCGAAAUCAGCAAAAAUAACUCGUCCCGGAACUUGGCCGUUGAAAAGGCCGUUUCGGAGUUGCCCAGCGAGUGUCAGUACUGUGGCAACGAGUUCCCGAAUAAAUCGGUCGAAUAUCACGAAAACAAUGAGUGCGAAGAGCGGCCAACCGAUUGCGCGUUUGCCCGGAUCGGAUGCCAGUGGCGUGGACCGAUCCACGAGGUUCCGUCGCACGAAGCCAAUUGCGUGCAUCCGAAGAAAUCCGGCGCCGAAGUUAUGGUGGCUUUGCAGGCCCACGAUGCUCGUGCUGCCGAGGAGAAGAAGCUUUUCCUCACAUUGAUCGAUCUCUUGAGUUACGAGAAGAUAAUCUUCAAUGAUCUCCAAAUGAAGCCGUACCGCACGGAUGAGUACGUUCAUCGUUUGUAUUAUGAAACUUCGCGUUUUUCCGCUUUCAACCAUCAAUGGGUUGUGAAGGCUAUCAUCAACAAGAGCCAACGGGAUCCGCACCAGUCGUGCGAUCGAGACAUCACUUAUCAGUUGAUUCUGAAGUCGAAAACCACCAGUCCGCUGCCGAUGCAUUUCUUUGUGCUCAGAGGUCCAUUCUCGGAUAUUAAAGUGGACACUCAGAUCUAUAAGCAUGACUUUACCGAAACCGAAACGGAGAGUCCGUUCCAUCUGAUGCCGUUACCUGAUACGGCCGAGUGCAACCGGCUGCUGGCAGCGAAGGCGAUUAACUUCAGGCUUAUCAUGUUUUUGGCAUCGAAGUAAAUUUUCUGUGCGGAGAAGUUUCGGAUUCGUAAUAAUCGGUAACAUGUUGCAUCAACAUUUUUAUUUUAGGUUGGUUUUUAGCUUCGAAUGAACAAAAAAAAAGAAACGGAAAGAUGUUUCUACUCUUAUAGAAAAACGAGCUCGUAUAUCUUACCAUGAUUCAUUUAGUUGUGUACUUUGAAGAAAAACCAAAAUUUUCGGUUCGAAUUUAGUUGUGAUUUUCCUUCCAUGAUUAGAUUUGCUUUAGAGCGCAGAGAAGUUACGCUACUUAUACUACAUGUCGUGAACCGUGAACGACUUAUUUUUUUAAAAUUAAUUUUUCUUCAACAAAAGUAUCGCACAAACGAUUUCCAAGCAGUUAAUUAAAUAUUUGAAAUGUUUUAAAACACAGAAUGAUAACAAGAAUAAUUUGAUCUUUUGCUUUGUCAAAUAUAGAUAACAGGUAAUAGUGAACUAAUAAACGAAACCUCUUGUAGUUAUAAAACACUGCGCAUCUAAUGUAUAUUACUUACUUAUAAAACUAUAGUUCAACUGCAUUCGAAGAUUCGUUAGUUUAAUUGAGUUUUGUUUGCUUAUUAUUUCCACUACAAAGCGAAUGUAACCGGGAAUUGAAGUCCCAGCAGUUACCCUUCUCCACAGCCUAUUUGCUUAGGUGAUGUAUUUUGUUUAGCUAUUGUUUUGCACAUGCAAAACAAUAGUUAGAUGGAUCAUUGCUACAUUAAGUGGCCUGAUGGAUUCUUCAUUCGUUGUUUUACUGUAAAACUUUACAAUACUUUAAUGCAUAUAUUUAAAUCUGAAUGCCAUUCUGUACAAAUCAAUACAAUAUCUUACUAUAGGAAAUCGGCAGCCAUAUACGAACAGGGAAACCUGUUAAUAUUGAAUGACCGUUUUUACUGUUUAGUUUAAAAACGAACCACGUGCAGGUUUAGCCCACUAUAAGCUCUAUAUUUGUCCAUAAUGUUUCCGUACCGAUAAGUUUGCUAAUCAGAUUUUGUGAUACGACCAAUGCGGAGCAGGACUCGUCGGGAUAUGAGACUCUGCGCAAAGGUUCGAACAAUGAAGAAGCAUAGAAGGUGUUACUAGAAGGGAACCAUUUUUUCUAGAUUUAAUUACAUUAACUAAGCAAAAAAGAGGUUUGAUAAAAAUCAAAGAUAUAUUGAUAUAUAUUUAACUAAGUUCUAAGAUCUUUUCACAGCUGCAGCAUGUAUGUAAGAAAAUCACUUCUUCAUCCUACCACCAUAUACUCUCCAUGCAUAAGCAAAACUACAGUGCACAGUAAAUGAACUUUGCAAUAUUUUAUUUGUACUAGCAGUUAGGUGAUAGUUUAGACGUAAGUCCGAUUCUUUUCAGUCGUCUUGAUCACCGUCUAUCGUAAAGCUUUUAUCUAAUUUGAAAGAGCUUAAAGGUUUGAAUAAACAUAUUUUUUUUAUAGAAUUUAAGAAUAAACAUUAUAUUUAUAUGACCCAUAUUGCAUAGGAAAUAAGAAUAUGUCGUCUAUAAGAUGUUUUUCUCUUUUACCUAUUUUAUUUACAAUAAAAUGUUUUGUUUUAA